AGUCACUGAGGUUGACAGGAAUGGAAGGCGAUCUGCGAAGGUUUCGUCGCGAAUCCAUGGCGUAAAUCCGAGAGCAGAGCGAGAUUGAACGAGCGAGGCGCGUAUAAAUGCGGCCUCAUGGAGCGGCAUCGAGGCCGACACAGCGACCGAUCAGAGCAGCAGCAGAGGCGCCGCCAUUCCUCCUCGCUUUCGUCUUUAUCGUCUCUCUUCACUCCCUCUCCCUAUUUGUGCCUUUUUCUCAGUCGAUCUCGAGGCCACACGCAUCGAAGCGACAAGAUUAGGGUCAAGAUCGGAUGGAAGGAGGAGGAAAGAGGCAGUCUUCGUCGAUCGCCGACGAGCUUUUCCCCACCGGCAAGGAUGCUUCGUCAUCCUCGUCGCCUGGAUACUUUAGCAACGUCUUCCCCCCUGCUUCCGCGGUGAUGGGUAAGUAUUCAUCACAGAACGACUUGUUCUGGACGCUGAGUAAGCAGAAGACGGAUGGGCAAUUCGGAAACGCUCAGGGCGUACCUCAAGGUGGUAAACCUCAGGGAAAUCCAACCAAGAAACAAAUGAUGCGGAGCAUGGAUGGAAAACCUGUAACUCCUGAUCAAUAUGAAGAAUCAGCCUAUUUUAGCUCUUCUGUUCACUAUGGCGGUCGUGAUUUCUAUGACAGUUCUUCAUCCACCCAAGUUUCUGGAUCACCAAAAACUUUUAAAGAUGACAAAGGGGGAAAUUCAAAUGACCCUGAUGCUGCCAAUCGAGGUGAAUGGUGGCAAGGUUCUCUGUACUAUUGAAGUACCAACUCAACUAAUAUGCUCUUGAUCAAUAUUCAUAGAAGCACAAUUGUGUGAAGGUUUGAUCCCUAUUUGUGGACUCUGGGAGAGAUGAAGGCUAUCUAGUUGUGGAGGUGGCUUGAGAGGGCUGAACCCUAAUGGAGCUCCCUUGCUAUAUUAUGAAAGAGAUCAAGGCUGUCUAGCUUUGCAAAUGGCUUGAGUUGGCUCACUGUAUUAACUCUAAACAUUUAUCAAGGCUUUAAAUAGAGGAAUUUAGUUUGCCUUUUAUGUAGGUCACUUGAGAGAGAGGCUUUCUUUCUUCCUGGGUUUCUUCUUACGUUCAAGCACAAAAUUUCACUUGGUGAAAGAAUUCUAUCUUUCACUUAGCGUCGUUAGGGAGUACAGCACAAUGUUGAUUCCUAAUUAUCCUUGUGAUUUAGGGUGUGAUGAUGCUUAUUUUAGAUUAAAGGCACAAAAAAUCAACCACAAGACAUAGUAGUUAUUAAGAUGAAGAGCAUUUAUUGGAUGCCAGCAGGUCAUGAAACCAGAAAUAAUAUGUGAACUAUCACUUUUGUUUAGGAUUUGUGUAGAUAACCAUCAAGAUCCGUAGAAGAAGCCUUUGAAAGCCUUUUCGACAAUUUUUUUAGGACCCUUGGAUGUUGGAUGUCACUACCAAAUUUGGGCAUAGUUCCUAGUAAAAACACAUUUAACACUUACAUAUAGUAGGUUCUAUCGGCUAAGUAACGACUAAUUUUUGAACUGCUCUAGCUGUCUGAAAAUCGAGUUCAGUGGACUAAGCUUAUUCAAAUAGGUAUUGCAAGAUAAUCCGCAAAAGUUCACUUAAUUGGACAAAUUUUCCAAUUGACUGGAACUUAGUCCAGAUAAUGCUAAGAGAGAGGAUUAUGCUUUCGAAUGGAGUUUUCCUGAAUUUGCUCCAGUUUACGCCUUCAUAAGCCUACACAAAGCUCUGGGGUCAAGUUUGAUUGCAAAUUACAAUGAGGAACAUGUUAUUUGACACACAAUAUUUCUAAUGGCUAACUAAUGACUAGUUUUCGAACCACUCUCUCUAGCUGUCUGAAAUUUAGUCAUCAACUUAGCUUAUACAAAUAGUUGUUAUGACCUAAUACUUUAAAGUUCAAUUCAGCAAGUUGGACAAGUAUUGUAAUCGACUGGAAUUUAGUCUAGAUAACUCAAGGCUAAUCAAGAGGAUUAUGCUUUUGAAUGGAGAGAUUAAAAUUGAGUCGAUAAUCGACUCAAUACUCUAGUUGAUUGGUCAAUCUUCAUUUGACUUGAUUCGUUUGGAUUUGGAGGGUUCUGGCUUACGCUUUCAUAAGUCUACACAAAGUUUUGGGGUCAAGUUUGACCACAAAUUACAAAUAGGAACCUUGUUUUCCUUGGUUGCAGUUUCUACCUACUUUACUCACCUCAUCAUCUAAACCUCAUAUUACAAUUAACGCGCAAUCUCUCACAGCUCACACAAAAUCCAGGUCUUUAAUCUCUACUUUAUCCUCGAUGAUGAUGUUGUCCAAUGACUAAAAACCUCUACAUGCCUAAAGGUUUUACUUCUAGAUCUUCACACCCAAAGACUUUACAUCCCAACCACUUAAUCCCAAAACCUUAGCUUUAGGAUUUUAACCACUUGUUUAAAGGUCUCACCUUCAGUCUUUAUGCCAUAGACUUUAUGUCUUCUGGUCCACCUCCAGCAAUUUUUCAGACCUUCAAAUAUCUCAUAUCAUUCUUCACCAAUCAACUCCUAGUCUACCAUCCUUUCAAAGUAAUAUGGUUGAACUCAACUGCUUAUGAGGAUUGUCGCAUGAAUUAUCUUCUCAAAUUACUCAUCACUGCACCAGCAACUUGAGCUUAUAUCUUUUGCUGAGAAUCACACACAACAACACGGACUAUUUGAAGAUGUCCUGAAUCUUGUAUACUUAUACACUACUUUACUUAAAUUUUAUAACAUUUUGCCCUCCUUG